AUGCAGACUACCGAAAGCAGCACUCGUGAUUCCGAGCGGCAACGAGGAGGGGACACUGCUGAUGCCCCAGCGGCCGCGCCGGUGCGCAAGCGGCUGUCGCUGGCAUGUACAACAUGCCGUCAGCGCAAGGUCAAGUGCGACGGAGCGCGGCCAUCAUGUAAGACGUGUGCCAAGUUCAACUGGCCAUGCAUCUACCAGCCAUCGAACCGCAAGCGCGGGCCUCGGCCU